UCUUUCAAUUUUGCUUUGAUCUCAACGCAGCAGCAGCAACAGCAACAAGAGCAGCCGCCAAAGCCAAAGCCGGUGGUGCUGAAGCCAAUCUCGAACAUUGCGACAUUCGCAUUCGGUGGCCUUGCUGGAAUGGGCGCAACGUGCUUUGUGCAGCCGUUCGAUGUCGUCAAGAACAGGCUGCAAGUGAGCGGUGCAGGCGGCAACUCGUUCAACGCGCUCGCUUCCAUCCUCAAGACCGAGGGCAUCGCAGGUAUCUACAGCGGACUGUCGGCGGGCUUGCUGCGCCAGGCAACGUAUACCACGACACGUCUCGGCGUGUACAAUAGCAUUUCAGAGCGCAUGGUUGCACAGCACAACGGCGCAGCUCUGCCAUUCGUUUAUAAGCUCGGAGUCGGCAUGUUUGCCGGAGGAGUUGGCUCGAUGGUCGGCGUUCCAGCCGAGAUUGCCCUCAUUCGCAUGUCCACUGACGGCCGGUUGCCGGUGGAGAAGCGCCGUGGCUACAAGAACGCUUUCGACGCGAUUGCCCGUAUCAGCCGCGAGGAGGGUGUCCUGACCUUGUGGCGUGGCGCCACCCCGACCGUCAUCCGUGCCUGCGUGCUGAAUGCCACCCAGUUGGCCUCCUACUCUCAGGCCAAAGAGAUGCUCCAGACCUACAUGAGCAUGCGUGACGGCAUUCCGCUCCACACUGGCGCGAGUCUCAUUUCGGGCCUGCUAUCCACCAUUGUGUCCAUGCCAAUCGACAUUGCCAAGACCCGCUUGCAAAACAUGCAUGACAAGGAGUAUUCUGGCGUGCUUGAUGUGUGGCGCAAGACAGUCCGAAAGGAGGGUGUUUUGGCUCUGUGGCGAGGAUUUACUCCUUACUAUCUGCGAUUGGGUCCUCAUACUGUCGUUACUUUUAUUUUGCUUGAGCAGCUCAACAAGCUCUACCGCUCAGUGUUUUAAGCUGGAUUGUUUUUGUGUUGAUUGCAUGUUUUGCGUUGUGUGCUUUGGUUUGUGCCUUCUUGAAGGUCGAAAAAAGCUUCCCGAACAACGAUCGAUAACAACCAAACCGCGAUGUCCGA